AUGCUGGGAUUCCUUCAUACCUGGCCGGACGGCUGCGGCCCGGAGGAAAAGGAUCCAAUCCCGCACUACAAGCCGACCACAAAAUUUGGUGCACGCUUUCCCGACGAAGACGACUUGGGGUACUACAAGUACGAUGCGCGGGACUGCCGCCAUGGCCGCGUUCUCCUCGGGGUUGAGAAUACAAAACCCAUGGCGCUCUUCGUUUGGGACCUAAUCACAGGCUGCCUGAGCGAGCUGUCCGCACCCGACCUGGGGGUGGACAACUACUAUGGGGCUGCGGUGCUCUGCGCCGUAUCCGGCUGUGACCAUCGUAUUUGUCAUGCGGAUCCCUUCCAGGUGGUCUUUGUCGGCCUAGACAGGAAAGCAGUUGGCGACGAUGAUGAUUGUGUUGCACGUGCCUGUGUGUCCUUGCCCUUCCCUCCAUUCGAUGAGUGGGACAAGCCAUGCCCUGCUCUUCAUCUUCCAGGCAGUGCAUUCAUCCAGCCAAUGCCUUCUGUCCUCAUCCAAGAUGCACUACACUUCAUGCUUGAGUAUGCUGAUGAUGCUGAUAGUGUAGAAAUUCUCAAGUAUGACUUGAGCUCUCAUAGCUUAUCACUGAUUGAUGCACCCAUUGAGAAUUCUAACAUUGCCAAUGCCUCUAUCCUCAUGGCGAUGGAGGAUAGCAGUUUGGGAUUUGCACAUGUCAAUGAAUCAACCCUCUACCUGUGGUCAAGACUCAUGGAUUCCAACGGAGUUGCUUCAUGGAGUCAACGUAUAAUUAUCAAUCUCAGGAACCUUCUCCCCAUCGAAAAUCCCGAGGAAAGCCUUAGACUGGUUGGAUCCGUGGAGGGCCGUGAUGUCGUUUUCGUGGCCACGGACCUGGGUAUCUAUGAGAUUAAUGUCAAGUCGCAGCGAUGGAAGAAGAUAUGGAAGAGAGAAAAUUUCCAUGCUUUGAUUCCAUACAUGAGUUUCUACAAUCAACAAGAAAGGGUGAUGCCCAGUGACGUGGCGCAUUGA